AUGCCCUUAAUCAAGAAACAAGGGUAUCUCAAAGGACCACAAUGCGAGAGAAUCUUGGUAAAACUUGAGAUUUUGCAAAACAAUGGACAAUUUAAAAAAUAUGUUUUUUCGUCUUGUCACGAGCUUGGGACAAAGAAACAUUCUGAGUCCCCAUGAGGAAUCGAACCUUAGACCUUCGGAUUUGCGCUCCGGUGCUCUAAAUCCGAAGGUCUGAGGUUCGAUUCCUCAUGGGGACUCAGAAUUUUUCUUUGUCCCACGCUCGUGACAAGACGAAAAAACAUCUUUCUUAAUUCUUCACCGAGCUCAAAACUUACCAUCUCUACUUUUCUGUCAAUGGACAAUUUAACGAACACGAGCAUUCAGUCACAUCGUUGCUUCAACGUUGUGCCAAUGGAAAUAAACCUGACUUGCAGUUGGCCUUAAAAAUAGAGGAUCGGAAAGAGUCUAAAAGAGCAAGAGUGUGUUUACCUCAGUUAUACAAUCAGACAAAAACAAAACGUGUCAUGUACUUAAUUCGAGUAUUCUGAUGGCAAAAGCUUACUUUUUACUUGUGGCUGACGUAGGAAAGAGAAAACCUCGGCUCUUUGAAUACCUUGAACGCAGCGAGUUUUUGUUUCAAAACUACGACUCGCCAGAGGAUUGGGUCGAACUCUACCAAAAAUACGGUCGCCUUUGGCUGGAUUGUAUGAGCCUUACACCGGAUGACCAGCGGAAUGAGCCGGCACGUAUAACCGCCAAAGAAAAUGGAAGAUACUAUUUUGAGCAAGAUAUAUCUUACAGCCAAAAAGAUCAUCGAGUAAGGGUUCAGGUCAAAGGGGAAACGUACAUUCAUCUCAGUCUUGCAACAUUACUUCUAGAUUGAGUUUAAACUGCCGCGCGAACCCACGCAAAAGCUCUUAGGUGAAAUAAAAGAAGCUGAAGAACUCCUUAAUUUCAUUCAGCAUGAUCUUGGUGACAUGCUCCUGACAAAAAGACCGGAUCAGUUUUAUCGCCAAGGAAGUCUGCAACUUACAAAGGAGUUAGCUGAGGAGGCUCUUCAUCUCGCGUCCUCCAAUAAAUUUAACACUGAAAUAGACUCUAUACGAGGAUGUAUAACUUUUCUCGACGAUAAUCUUGAUAAAAACAAGCUAGUUGUUCCUAUAGAACUCAAGAAAUCAAGUAGCGAAACCUGUUGUAGUGAAUAGAGAUUGGCCGAUUAAAAUCAACAUCACGCCAUUCAAUUUCCUAGCACAACUGACAUAAACUGUCGACUGGUAAGACAGUUUCAUUGUUAAGCAGUUAUUCAAUAAGAAGUCCAUGGAAUCGUGCAAUCCAGAGAGGCUUUACUGAAUGUAUUCAAAAUCACGCCAUUACUUCUGAAUCCAUCGUCAGAAAAUUGCAAAAUUUACUUUACACUUUUAAAUGUCUACAAAAUUUUUUUAAUCUUUUAAAGCUCCUCAAAGACUGAAAUUAAGAAAAUAUCCCGAAGUUGCAGAAUCCAGAAAAUUGGAAGACACUUCAACAUUUCUAAUCCCCUAGAGCGAUAGUUGAAGAUAUCACUCCAUCAAUCUUAUUUUCCUGCGCCUUUAAGGUGACAGAAUCUUUUCCGGCGAUCGCAAAGCUUUUAAUUUGUAUUACUGAAUGGACGCUUGUCAACUAUUGCAGGCAUGACGACUUUAACAAAACAGGACAUAAAGGGCAAAUGGAACACAAUUUCGACACUCUAUCAAGUGCGUGACGUGUGCUCAAUGCUGACCUAUAAGAUUAAUAAAGUCUGUUGACUAAUGUAAAUUUGCUUAAAUGCUAAUGUGACUGAAAACAUUUUUACUAUUUGGAGGUACUGUUUCGGGUCUGAAGAUUACACUAUAAAGAUGUUUCUGGGAAAAAAGUCAUUCGAGAAAAGACAAUUUACCUAGAAGCAGCAACUACCAAUAUUAACGUCAUAUUAUCGCGUCUUUCGCUUUCGAACCGGCAAGCGUGCUUGUAUUUACUUUAUCGGAAUCAUAAAUAUUUCAUUAUUUCUGCUACCUUCAAGCUGUAACCGCCACUGUUAGAAAGGCCUCCGUCAUACAAUCAGUACAAACACAAAAUUGGGAUGUUACGAAUUCUAGUAUUUUAACGGCAAGAGCCUAUUUUUCCCUUGUAACUGACUACACAAUUAGAAGCUCGGUAGUCGGUGAUAAUUUUUACGACAAGGAACAAGUGUUCGUCAUGUGACAACGAAAUUACUCUUUCGAUUUCAAUCGUGCUCAGGGUCAGGUGAACAAUGACAGUAAUAUUAUGCAUAUUUCUAAAAAGAUGAGCACUUUUCUAUUUAUAUUUCUUCAUCAGCCAUUAUACUACCUGACAGUAGAAUCAUGCACACCGCCUGUGCAUGAUUUAAAUACCGAUAAACAUAAUUAUCUUGACUUGGGAGAAUUCCAUUUCUCUUAAUUAUGUUGCUACCCUCUGCGGUCUUCUCAAUAACUGGCGCAAUGCGUGGUUACCGUUUAUAGAUCACAGGGACUUUCCCUCACAGGAAAUAGACCGAUUGGUUAUAAUUUAUAUGCAAAUAUGACAUGCAAGAUAUGAUGAUUCUAUAAUUCACCUCUUCGAAUUUAAAGAACGUAGGACAAUGUACGUAUACGUACCAGCAGUUGCUUGAAUUCAGAAAAUUGGAAAAUAUUUCUACAUUUGUAACCCCUUUAAGCGAUAGUUGAAGAUAUCACUCCAUCAAACUGUUAUCCCUACGCUUCAAAAGGUAACAGAAUCUUUUCCGACGAUCGCAAAGUUUUUAAUUUGGGCUACUGAAUGGACGCUUGUCAAUGAUUGUCAACUGUUCACAUGACGAAUAACGAUUUGUUUAUCUGGAGGUUCCGUGUCGUGUCUGAAGAUUACACUAUAUCGAGGUUUCUAGGGAAACAGUUAUUUGAGAAAAGACAAUUUGCCUAGAAGUAGCAACUACUAAUAUUUAAGUCAAGUUAUCGCGUCUUUCACUUUCGAACUGGCAAGCGUAAUUGCGAUACUUUCUUAGAAUCAUGAAUAUUUAGUUAUUUCUGCUACCUCCAUGUUGUUACCGCAACGGUAAAGAAGGCCUAUAAUCUAGUCUCGUCUUUACUCUGAUGAAAACAUUGAUGAUUUUAUGUUCUAGUUUACUACGUGGCUGCGUGGAAAAUACCACAUAAAUCUGUGGAGGACCUACUUGCGUCAACGAAAUUAAAGAAAGGAACGUUGGCUUGAAUUCAAACCUGUCUGUCAUUGUAAACAACUCAAUGUUCCCCGUCUUCCGGCGUUUUAUUUGGUAUAAAGAAAGAAACUGCGAGGCAUUACAAACGGAAAAGCGAGAGGAAAGUAUUUGUUCACGAUGAGUAGUAAUGAGACGCAGUCCGUAGAGCAGCGUUCAUCGAACAAAACCAAUGAAGUGCUACCGAUCGAACCGGAACGAAGAAGACGUGAGGGUGGUAACGAUGCAAAUACAUAUUCCCAGAAUUCAAUCUCAGUUUCUGACAAGGCCACAGGACCAAGAAAUUUUAAAUUAAGGAUCCAAAAUAACACUCUGGUCAUAGCCCAACAAUCACUCGCCAAACAACAGCAGCCAAACUGGGAGCGCACUUUGCAUAAACGGGAAACAAAACGUGGCAACGGGGGUGAAGUACAAUCAGACUCUUCUCCAAAGACGAAGGGCAGCCUUCUAGACCAACACAAGCGACCACUAGAGUUGGUAGCCUGCCAACUUCAAACUCCAAACGAAGCCCAUUGCCGAAAGGCAGACUCAGGUGGAAUUGUUUCCUCCAGUAUUGAAAAACCGAUGCCCUUAAUCAAGAAACAAGGGUAUCUCAAAAAACUACAAUGCGAGAGCAUUCUGAGAAGACUUGAGAUUUUGCAAGACAAUGGACAUUUUAACGAACACGAGCACUUAGCCACAUCGUUGCUUCAACUUUGUUCUGAUGGAAAUAAACCUGACAUGGAGUUGGCCUUAAAAAUAGAGCGAGGAGUGGCCUUUGCUUAUCAGAAAGAGUCUAGAAAGAGUAAGAGUAUGUUUACCUCAGUCAUACAAUCAGAACAAUCACAAAAUUGCGAUGUUACGAAUCGUAGUAUUUUAACGGCAAGAGCCUAUGUUGCACUUGUAGCUGACUACACCGAUAGAUACUCGGUGAAGUUAUCCCCACUCUUUGAAUUUCUUCGACGCAGCGAGUUUCUUCUGCAAAAUCACGAUUCGCCAGAAGACUGGGCCGAGCUGUACUACACCUACGGAUGCGUUUGGUUGACGUACAUGAGCAUUAUUCCAGAUUACCUGAGAAAUGCGCAGGCGCGAGAGACCGCUCGGGAUAAAGCAAAAUAUUACUAUGAGCAGGCUGUCUCUUUCUGCCAAAGGGAUAAACGACCGAGAGUUCAGGUAAAAAAACAAACCUAUUGUCAUCUCAAACUAGCAGCACUGCUGUUAGACUGUAGUUUAACUGCCGCGCGCACCCAAGAAAAAGAAAUCGCUCCCAGUGAUAUUAGAAAAGCCAAAGAACACCUUGAUUUUGUUCAGUAUAGACUUAGUGAGAGUAUACCCACGGGAACACAGGUACAGCUCUUAAAAACUCGAUCUGAUCAAUUCUAUCGUCAGAGAUUAUACCAAUUGGCCAAAGAAACGGCCGAGGAGGCUUUUCAGCUCGCUUCCUCGAACAGAUUUAACACUGAAUUAGACGCCCUUCAAGAAAGGAUCCAGUUUCUUGAC